AUGUCUCUGCCGGCUGCUGAAGUAGCAGCUGAUUUCCGGGAUGCUUUGCAAGAUUUGAAGAUGAAUAGCAGACCAGAAAUUAGUAACUUGACUCUCAUCGCCAAAGAAAACACUGAGUAUGCGGAAGCCAUAUCCAACGAGCUCGAUAAGCAUAUUCGCACGACACGCCCAGAGUAUAAGCUUCCCGCUCUCUAUGUGCUUGAUUCCAUUGUCAAGAAUGUUGGAACCCCAUAUACCGUCUACAUCGGUCGAAAUCUCUACAAGACCUUUAUGGAAUCCUAUCUUGUCAUGGACCAGGGCACCCGCAAGAGUAUGGAAGGCUUGCUGAAGACGUGGAAAAUGCCUGUGCCCGAGUCGAUGGAUCCUCGCCCGGUGUUCCAAGCCGAUGUGACGCAGGACAUUGAGAAUGCACUGGCUAAGUUUCGUGCAGCUCAGCAGCAGAUCAGGCCACAGCAUGCACUUCCACCUCGUCCUCCGUCGCUCAACGUAGCCUGGAGGGGCACAUCAACACCACCGCAGACUGGCCCACGUUAUGCUGCUCCCAACGACCCACGGACUCGACCAUCUCAUCCAUCAACUCCACAAUACGGGCCUGCACCUACGGCCACACCGCCCAUGACAUACAAUCAACCUCAACAGCCACAGCCCAUGUCAUCAGUUGACCUUGCUGAUCUGAAGGUGGAGGUCACACAGCUGAUUAGCACAACACAAAAUAUGUUCGCACAUAAUCCAGCCGAUGCUGCUCUCCGAACAAAACUAUCAGCGCUCCUGUCUCUCAAGCAAAUCCUAGACACACAAACACUACCGCCGCAGCAACUAGAAGCUGUGCGCCAGCAAAUCCGGGCAUUGGCACCUCCACCUGCGCCAACUCCAAUCUUUGCCCCGUCAACGCCAGUAUACCCACCGCAGCAAUCCAUGCCUCCAGCCUACCCUCCCGCUUCUCCUCAAGUGAGUGCCUCUCCAGGCAGCGCUCCACCGAAUGUUGCACAACUCCUUGCAGGCCUUAGUAGACCACCAGUGCAGUCAACACCGCAACCUGCACCAACGACAAAUCCGCCAGUUGUGAAUCUGGCAGAAUUACUAAAACGCGUAUCGACCCCCGUACAACCAAACUCCGCAUCCGCGCCUGCUCCUUUCCAACCACCAUUUCAAGGUUAUCCACCCCCUGUCUCAACCCCAGUACCGGCAGUUCAGCCACCUCCGCAAUCCACGACACCAACAACCAACUUGGCAGAACUUCUUGCGCAAUUCAGCAAACCUGGCGGUGCACCAUCUCCAAUGCAAUCGACUCCUUCGCAAACAACUGCUGCUUCCCAGUUGCCACCACAGCCCACUUCCGCCCCAGCGUUGGGUAGUUCUGAAUGGCUCUUGAAAAUUCUAAGCAAUAUGCCUGGAUCCACACCUGUGAACGCAAUGCCAAUGGCACCCCAGCCCAUGGCACAACAAACGCCGGCACCAACCAGUUUGAUGGAUCAGAUUGCCCUUACCACCGCGUCGAUGAAGCAACCUCGCUUCAACCUCAUCUCCCGACUCUACGAAGCCAAGCCCAACAUAUGCGCUACCUGCGGUCGACGCUUUGAAAACACAACUGAAGGCAAGGAGAAGAAGGCUCGACAUAUGGACUGGCACUUUAAAGUCAAGGAUCCAGAUGCCGCGAAGCGAGGUUUUCACCGUUCCUGGUAUAUCCCCGAGAAGGAGUGGGUCGAAUACAGGGAAGUCGACGAGACUGCUCCGAACCAAUCGAACGACUCUGCUAGCGGCGGGGCAAAGGCCAAGAAGCAAACAAAGGAUCGCUAUGUCAGCGUUCCGCAGGAUGUGACACUGCAGCAAGCACCAUGUCCUAUUUGCCAAGAGAAGUUUGAGACUCAGUGGAACGUGGGCGCCAACGACUUUGUAUGGAUGGAUGCCUUGAAUGUGGGUGGAAAGAUUUACCAUGCCACUUGUUUCGAAGAGUACAGUAAGGGUGUAGGCAUUGAGAUGCCCGGCACUCCAGACUCUGUUCUUGGGAAGAGGAAAGCUGAUAUUAAUGCUAACAUGGAUGGGAAGAAGGUUCGGGCCUACUAG